CCGCGCUGCCCCACCGUCUGGCCCCGCGGACCCACGAACGGACAGAUCCACGCACGCACGAAAAUCUGCCCCGCUCCUGAGAGCGCCAUGUCUGGUUCCUCCAGCGUUGCCGCUAUGAAGAAAGUGGUUCAACAGCUCCGGCUGGAAGCCGGGCUCAACCGCGUGAAGGUUUCCCAGGCAGCUGCAGAUCUGAAACAAUUCUGUCUGCAGAAUGCCCAACACGACCCCCUGCUAACUGGUGUGUCUUCAAGUACGAACCCAUUCAGACCCCAGAAAGUCUGUUCCUUUUUGUAGUAAAAUGAAUCUUUGGGAUGGUUUUCUAGACCACUUUUCAUGAACCAGUGACUAUUCAAAGGAGAACUAAAUUUGAAGCCUGUACAAAAAGCUUAUCCCUGUAACACGUGCCAUACUAUAUAAACUUUUACUUUUGUCAGUCCUUAACAUCUACCUCUCUGAAUUCUCAUAAAUUUCUAUUUCAUAAGGGUAAUUGUUUUAUAUACACUGGCAGCAGCAUACAAUAAAAUACUUAGUAUAAAA